GAGGAUUACGACUUCGUGUGGUCGUUAGGAAGUCAGAGAUGACUCACGGAGCGCCCCAAGCUUCCAGUUGUUGCUGAGCUACAAAGAACUGUAAGACUUUGUUGUGAGUGGUAUCUGUGAGCGGUGUCGAGUCCGAAUGCAGAGCACUGGUGUAUGGGUUGGUGAAACAGUUUAGUGUGGACGUCAGUUAAUAUUUCCUUUAGCGCUGUGAAAAAAAUCUGCCAUUGACAGCUGCUCUGAUGCUAAAAUAAGUGACGUGACGUGACAUAUAAAGCAUUUCUCCCUUCUAUUGUUUGCUUCCUAGACGGCUAAUCAAGCGUGGUCGUUUUACAAGUUUUUGUGUAACCUUGGUGUGGGAAGAAGCAUCAAGACGAGGUGCAGAUAUAAACAUUUGUUUAUUGUGAAUGUAACAGAGACGACUUCUUAAGUUGUUUCUCGAAUGACGGACUGCUGUCGUUUUUGAAAAAAGAAAACAAAAAAUGGACUCUCUUGUUCCACCUCUGGCAACCGCUGAGGAUUCAGAUGACACUGAGCCUGAUCCAGAGAUCUUUGGGAAAACAUGUAAGAAGUUUCGUGAUGAGAUCUAUGAGGGGCCAAGUCCUGAGGAUGUCCCUCACAUUUCCCUGGGCCCUUUUGAGGAGGAGAUCUUUGCAAGCUACUCUGGACCAGACUGCGGGCUCCAUCUGGUCCAUGACUCCAGUUCAGAACAGAAUGACAAUGAGGCAGACACAGAAGUUGCAGGCUGUAAGUCCUGGAGUACCAAAGAUCAGAAGGCUUACGGUAUAUGCAUAUCCCUGUACGACCAGCACCCUAUCAACGGCAAAAUGUCGGGUGACCCUAUAGCAGACGCCUUUGCUGUAGUCGCCCGUAAGAACAACGCUGUGUUGCUGAUAGCUGACGGUGUAAAUUGGGGAGAGAAGUCCAAGCUGGCUGCCAGGUGCGCGCUGUAUGGCUGCAUGAAGCACAUUCAGAAUCAGCUGUUUGCGGAGAGCAACCAUCCCUUGACCACCCAGGAAGCUUUGAAGAUUCUGCGCAAGUCCAUUGAUGAAGCUCACUCAAUGAUUCUGGAGAAGAACGGAGGGUUGACAACUCUGUGUGCCUGUAUGGUGUGUCCUGUAGCCAACUCUGAACAGUACGCUGUCUGCUCUGUCAAUGUGGGCGACAGCUACGCCUUCAUCUUCAGCCGCCAUUAUGGCAUUCGUGAGCUGACAGUUGGCUCGCACGACGUCUCUUCAGAACGAGACAUCAGAGAUGCACAGGGGGCCAUUGGGCCUGUUAUAGGCAACGAGCCAGAGCUGAACAAUCUCACAUGUGCGGUGAGUUUUGCAAAUAAAGGUGAUGUGGUGUUUCUCACGACUGAUGGCAUAUCUGAUAACUUUGAUCCUGUGGUGACCAAAGUGGCCUUACCAAGGAGAAACAGCGACCCAAAUCUGAGUCUGACACGCGACACUCCACUGCCGGUGUAUGCCAAACCAGAGAUGUCACCUCAGGAGCGGCAUGUGUACUCCAUGAAGGAGAUGGAGAGGAUUGUCCAUGAGUAUGAGUUAAUGACGGAGGAAGACUGUUCAGCUCAGGAAAUCUGCGGUGCAAUGGUCCAGCAUGUACUCACACUCACAGAUGCCAAGAGGAAAGUUCUAGAAAAUCCAGCUCUCUACGCCAGGAAGAAAAUGUCCUCCACAGAGCGGAAACGCAGAGAUUCUGAAAUAGUGGAGAAAAUGUCCAAAGCUCCAGGCAAGCUGGACCACGCUUCUCUUGUGGCUUAUGAGGUAGGGAUUUAUGGGCAAGAGGAGCCUGAAGAAACUGAAGAGACAACAGACAAUGAUGUUAAUGUGCAGGAGAAAGAGAAUAAUAAUCCAGAGACAGAGUCCUCUAACAAAGGCAUGUUGUCCCCCCAAUCACCGCCGGACAGUAAACAUCGCAAGUCCCCCAUGAAACUCUUCUUCUCAAAGUCCAGGCACUCCAGCACUGGAUCCUCGCCUACAACCCCGACCAAAUCCUCACCCUUUAAGCCAUCACGCCAAGCCAAGACUCCAACCUCAUUACCAGUCACCCCCAAGAAGUACUUCAAGAAGUCUCACUCCCUGUCCGGAUCCCCGACCUCCCCUAUCACCCCAGACUCCCCGUUCUCACCACCACACAAGUCAGGAACAUCUUCUACCGGCUCAAAGCGAAGGAGUAAGAGAAACCUCAAGGUCUACAAGCGCACAGUUUCAUAUGAGUCAAAUGUGUAAGAAUGGCUCGCCAGUUGAUUUCCAAAGACUUCAUAUUGUUUUCCUGUGAAAACUUUUUCCUCAGGACUAGCACACUGCUCAGGGAGUUCACAGUGCACCAACUCGAGGCAUUUCCAGCCUGCAGCCAAAGGCUUGGUACCUUGCACACUGUGCACAUGUAGACGUCUGUACAGCUGUAGGUCAUGGUUUGUAAAACAGACUUUACUGGGCAUAAUUCAAUCAACAUUUACAUGUACAUUUAAAUCACUGUAUGAGGCAUAUACAGCUGUAUGCCAGUUUUCAUCUUUUCAUCAUUUUGUGUCAAAUGUGUAUAUAUUCGUGGAGUAGUCCUUUACAUCCAAGCUCUGUAUGCAUUUCAUAAACCAUCCAGUUCACCUUCAGACCUUUUAAUUUAAGUCUUCUCAACAUCAACUUUUGUAUUUGUCAGUCAUUGUGGUUUUUAUGAAUUUUUUUUGGACAUUUACCAGAAGACAUACACAUGUACAGAUCUAAGGACGUGAUAUAUGAUUGGGUCUAUACCCACCACUGAUGGUAUUGUGGGCCGCUGCUGCGCACCAGCUGGGUACUGAACAGUGUUUCUACAAUGGCUGUGGAACUGAUAUGAGUAUUAACCAAAGACACUCAAAUGUAAUAUAUUUCUGAAUGGAUAUACAGUGUAAUGUACAUUACCAUGUGUUAUAUACUUUCAGAUUGUUAUAUGUUAUACAAAAGUUUCAUUGGCCAGGUAUCAUAUAACAUGAGAUACAUUGCCAUAUGUGAUGUAACAUCAGACACAUUGCCAUGCAUGACAUGUAACAUCACAGUUAUUGCAAUUUACAUGUGUCACAUAACACAUAACAUCAGGUUUAAUGAGUGAGAUUAUGAAGGGUGAAUACACUCCCUCCUGACCUGCCAGGCCUGCUGAAGAUGCAUUUAGCUGAUCCAUUGAAUCUCAUGACCCACAAAUAUUGCCAUUUCUUUACUAGUUCCAUCCAUUGAUUCAUAUUCUUGUGUAACUGUAUGUUGGUACUAGCUUUCAUUCCGUAGAAUACAUACAUUAACACUAUUGUGUUAACUUUAACUGUAGGAGAUGUGUACAUGUACAUACACCUGUAUAUAACAUACAGUUCAUUGCAUAAGUUUUUUCUUCCUUCAAAAUUACGCUUGUUAUGAAUUUUCCUAAUAGGUAAUUGUGUUAGAUUCUCGUGUGUUUAUCCUAUUCAAGAGUUUCAAAUUCCCAUUGAUUUGCCUGUAGAACAUAUAUGGCAGCCUUGCACAUGGGAUAAAUACACUGUGUGGGAUAAGGUGGACCACAUUUUGGACAGGUAAAUGGUAAUUAAUAGAGAUAAUCUAUUUUAUAAACAUACUUUUUUUUCAAAAAAGCAUUUCUUGUAGCUUUUAACACAUGGGCUUAUUUGUAUGUGAUCAUGAUCUUGUAUCAGCUUUUCCCACAUUGGACCAGUAUGUCCAUGCUUUAUUCAGUGUAUGUAUGUGUUUAUGGCCAUACAUGUACAUGUAUUGGACCAGUAUGUCCAUGCUUUAUUCAGUGUAUGUAUGUGUUUAUGGCCAUACAUGUACAUGUAUUGGACCAGUAUGUCCAUGCUUUAUUCAGUGUAUGUAUGUGUUUAUGGCCAUACAUGUACAUGUAUUGGACCAGUAUGUCCAUGCUUUAUUCAUUGUAUGUAUGUGUUUAUGACCAUACAUGUACAUGUAUUGGACCAGUAUGUCCAUGCUUUAUUCAGUGUAUGUAUAUGU